AGCCUUUGUCUUUUGUCCCCAGCGAGUGAAGAGUGGACGCGUCGUUCACGCCCGGCGCUCAUGUUCCGCUUCUUCUCGCUGGCCGUCCUUGUGGCUUUCUCGCUGGUGUCCGCGCGACCGACGAAUUCCAGCUGUGAAAAGUGUGAUGGAGAUGCGGCGCCGUUGCUUCAGGUGAAGGCGAAUCAGACCCGACGUAAACAGAGCAUUUGCCCUUGCCUGGCCAAGCGCUGCAGUCUGGUGAAGUUCCUGUGCCGUGAAAAGAACAUGUGCUGCAAACAGGCCAAGAAGUGUCGCGGCGGCGGCGGUGGCGCCAGCACCAGCGUGACGGAUUUGCUGAAUGGUUUGAUCAGCUCGGCAGUCACCGGCGCGGUCUACAAGGGUGGACAGGGCGUGAUCUUUCGAGAUGAGAACGAUGGCUUCUUUGGAAACGACGCCUUCAAAGUCUUGCCGGGCUCGUUGAUCAGCAAUGACAUCAUCGCUCCAAAUCCGGUCUUCCCGGCGGAUGACAAUGGGAACAUCGACCCAAAUGUGGCGUCGGUGGGAGUGAUCUUGGAUGAAUGGGCCUUCAACACCUUGUUUGGAACCAACACACAGGACGAGGAUUACUACCUGGGCGUGUUCUAUCCGGCCGAUUCCAACUCGGUGGACCAACGUUGCCGAAGCGAACAGAACCAGAACCGCUACGACUGCAGGAUUUUUAAUCAGGGCGCCAGAGGAUGAGGCUUCAUCGACCAGACCACGAGCGCUUGGACGCAGAGCACGCAGGCAGUUGGCACUCAAGGCUUCGAGAUUGGUAAUCCAUAUUAUGGACAGGGCGCGAAGAAGGGCGGUGGAACUGGUUGUCACGCCUAUACUGAUAAGAAGCUUGGCGCAUCACAUCAUGCUCCCUCACCACAUUGUUCACUGCUCGGUCAGCACGACUCAUACUUUCAGCUUCACCAAACUCAUGCUGGUUCGAGUCUUCAGCUGGUCCAGUUCGAGUUCUCCCUCCCUCGAGCGCGAAGCCUCGUCGAUGUGAUUCCAAAGACGACGAAGCCUCGUCGAUAGAUUUCAUGACUCGGGGUGGAACGGACCACAUCUCCUGCCAAUGGUGCGUCACG